AUGGAACAGCCAAUGCUCUCAGUCAGCCAGCCUAAGGGUCCUUCUCGUGACAAGGCAACGCCCAACGUCCUGCCCUGCAGGAUCCAGCACGACGGUCCCACCAGCGAAGCAGAAUCGUACUGGAAACCAUCGCAAGAGCCAGACGGCAAGAGGGUGGCCUAUUUCAGAGGCCGGAAGCUGCAUGGCAAGGAGCUGAAAGUCCCGGAGGGUUACCGAGGCGUCGUGGUCGACAAGACAGAGCCCCCGGAGCCUCGAGCACCCAGACCAGACGAGCCCGAGGUCGUCGACCUAGAUGCCGAGGAUGAGAUGCCACUGGGUGCGCUGGACACGAGGGCAGAGUUUGACGAGAUGGUGAUAUGGGGCCAUGAGUCUAUGGCGGACACAUCAUCUGAUCCGUAUGUUAGAGGAAUUGAAGAGUGGAUGAAGGUGGCCGAGAAGAUACAUUCUUACGAGGAAAAGGGGCAGUGA